AUGUGGAAUCAUUUUAAUACAGAUGGAGCAAGGACCAUAAGCCACCUUGAAGGAUGGCAUGCAGCUCUUGACAAAGCUGUUGGUAGACCAAAGCCAAACAUAUUUAUUUUAAUCAAAGAGCUGAAAAACCAACAAACAAACUUUGAGCUUGAUCUCAUAGCGCAAAAAAACUGCAAUCGGCCACAAAAGAUGAAAACAAAACACAAAAAAUUAGAAGAAAGAUUAUCAUUUGCAAAAGAAAGGCUACAAAAUGGUGCGAUUUCUAUCUUGGAGUACAUGGACGCCAUAAUGUUUCAUUUACAUUUGUAA